AUGAUUUCCAUUUUCAAUUGUAAUAAGUUGACAAUCUUUUAUUUAUUUUACACAGUCUACGCUGUUUUCAUAAGGAACUAUUUUAUCGCUAGUACCAUGAAUUAUUAAAAUAUUUUUACCCAUGUUUCUUUGAUUUAUUUUUUCAACUAUUUCAUUCCAUUUAAAGUUUGGGGUUUAUCCUACUGUGUCAAGUAGGUGUUUGAGAGCUGGACAGCAAAGCACUAUAGGGCCAUCCCAAAUUCCUUCAGAGACUAACAAAAGUCCUAUUGCUCCUCCCCAGCUACUUCCUAAGAUUAUAUCAGGUUUGUUUAUUUUUAGCUCAGCUUCUUAUAUGGCAAGGCAGCCUUUUAAACUAUCUUCUACAGCUCUAGAGGGUCUAAAAAAAUUCUUAAUUAAAGUACGUAGAAAACUAUUUCUUUUGUUAAGUUUCCACUUAGACAUUUCCAUAGAAACAAAAUAGCAUGUUUUGUAAUUCUUUUUUAAGUAUUUGUGUUUAGUUCCAUUGUAUCCGCAUUCAAGCCCAUGAAGAAAAGAGAUAGACUGAGGAACAAAAUGAUGUUCCUUUGA